CUGCAGGGGCUGUGAGCAGUCGCAACCUGGUCGCCGACCCCCGCCCCUCUGGUGGACGAUGGGGAACCAGCUGGCGCCCUUGCCCCCUCUGCAGGCCCUGCACGUGGUGGUGGUGGGGCUGGAUGCCGCUGGGAAGACCUCCCUGCUCUACCGCCUGAAGCUCCAGGAGUUCGUCCAGAGCGUGCCCACCAAAGGCUUCAACAUGGAGAAGAUCCGGGUGCCGCUGGGGGGCUCGCGGGCCAUCACCUUCCAAGUGUGGGACGUGGGCGGCCAGGAGAAGCUGCGCCCACUGUGGAAGUCCUACACGCGCUGCACGGACGGGCUGGUUUUUGUGGUCGACUCCGCAGAGGCCGAGCGCCUGGAAGAGGCCCGGGUGGAGCUGCACCGCAUCGCCCGCGCCUCGGACAACCAAGGGGUCCCCGUGCUGGUGCUGGCCAACAAGCAGGACGCGGCUCAGGCGCUCUCGGCCUCCGAGGUGGAGAAGCUCCUCGGCCUGCACGAACUGGGCGCCUCCGCCCUGAGCCACGUCCAGGGCUGCAGCGCCGUCAGCGGCCUCGGACUCCAGCCGGGUCUGGAGAAGCUCUACGAGAUGAUCCUCCGGCACAGAAAACUCCUCCGUGGCAGGGGCGGCAGCAGGAAGAGGUGCUGAGAGGACAGGGCAGAAGGCCAGAGGUGCCCUCCUGCCCCGUGGACUGACCGGGGGGGACCUUUUGCACUGCUGGGACAUGGCGUGUCGCUGCCACCCCAAGAACUGGGAACAGGGACGCUCCGGUUUCCCUUUGGGUGGGCUGGGAUGCUUGGACUUGUGGACCCAGGACUUGGCCUGGGCCCAAAAGAAGGUGGCCAGGGUGAUGGGGGCCGUCUCCCUGGCCCUUUGAGGGGGGAGGGGGCAUCCAAAGGACAGGCAGCUGCAGCCGGGGAGUCUGUUCGGCCCCUUUGGCCUCACUCGUCUCUGGUUUGUCUCUCUUUUUUAAAAAUGCUUUUAUGGGCCCUUUGUGGGCUCCUGG